GACGACGAUCGUGAUUGCGCACCGCCUCUCGACGAUCCGGAACGCCGACAAGAUCUGCGUCGUGAGCGGCGGCCGCAUCGCAGAGCAAGGCACACACGACGAGCUCAUGCGUCUCAACGGCAUCUACACGCGACUUAGUUUGCAGAGAUAG